AGUCUUUAAUUUGACACCACAUCUUAGGUUUCUUUUAUCAUCAAGCUAAGAAAUAAUUGCUUGAUAAUUUGUCAUAUGAUAUCUAUCUUUCAUAAGUCAUAAGUAACCAUGGAUUCAAAAUCAUCAAUAACUUUUCUUGCAUUUUUCUUGGUAGGAAGUUUAGUAGCUUUGUCUCUUCAUAUAUACUUAUUUUCACCCAUUUCACCUCAAUUACUUGACGUCCCUUCAUCUUCUUUAGUUAACUCCCUCUUUCCUCCCAACACUCAUUUACAGGAAGUGACAAAGAUAGGAGAAGGGCUUGUGAAGGACCCAGAAGAUGUGUGUGUGGAUAAGCAUGGGACAUUAUACACAGCUAGUAGAGAUGGUUGGAUCAAAAGAUUGCACAAAAAUGGUUCAUUGUUGGAAAGUUGGAAGUGGGUUAAUAGUACCACUUUGCUUGGAAUGACUGCCUUGGAUCAAGGUGGUAUUGUUGUUUGUGACACUCGACAGGGUUUGCUUAGGGUUGAUGAAGAUGGAGUAACAACUUUAGUUUCGCAGUUCAACGGUUCCAAGCUAUGGUUUGCAGAUGAUGUGAUAGAAGGAAAAGAUGGUAGCUUGUAUUUUAGCAUAGCAAGCACCAAGUUUGGUCUCCACAAUUGGUACCUUGAUUUAUUAGAAGCAAAGCCUCACGGCCAACUUCUUAAGUUCAAUCCUCAAGCCAACGAGACAUCAUUAUUGUUAGACAAUCUCUUCUUUGCAAAUGGAGUAGCUCUCUCAACUGACCAAAGUUUCCUUUUGGUAUGCGAAACAUGGAAGUCCAGAUGCUUAAAGUAUUGGCUACAAGGGGAUAUGCAGGGGAAGACAGAGAUAUUCAUAGAUAAUCUCCCAGGUGCACCUGAUAAUAUCAAUCUUGCUCCUGAUGGAUCUUUUUGGAUUGCAUUAAUACCGAUGGCAAGAAAAGGGAUGGAAUUUGUGCACACCUCGAAAAUUGCCAAACAUUUGGUAGCAACAUUUCCAAAGAUGAUGAAUAUUAUACAAGGCUCUCAUAAGAAAGCUACUGUGAUGAAGGUAUCGAAAGAAGGUAAUAUACUAAAGAGGUUCGAUGAUCCCAACGGAAAAGUUAUGUCUUUUGUGACUUCAGCUGUGGAGUAUGAGGGAAAUCUCUAUUUUGGAAGCUUGAAUUCCAAUUUUGUUGGUAAAUUAUCACUAAAUUAAACAACUACUUAGGAAUUGAUGGAAAUUCUUGUAUGACUAGUACAAGCUUAGGUUUGCAUAGGUGUCUGAGUAGAUAUUAGUUACGGGCGAUAUCCUGAACCAUUACUGGAUAAUCAUAAUAAUGCUCUUAUGUAAAAAACCAAAAAAAAAAAAAUCAUGAUUGAAUCCUAAAAUUAUA